UUGCUUCAAUGAUUGUUUUUAAAAAGUCACUAUUAACUUAAUCUAUUGCUUUAGGAUGAGCGUGGCUGUGAAGAAGAAGCCAGUAACACCGUCACACCCCCAAUUCAAGUUUGGCAAGAAAAAACCAAACUACACAAAGAAAAAGCGGAGGCUAAGCUCUUACUCCAGCCAAGAGAAAGAAAAAGGAUUUGUUCCUGGUGGCGAUGUAACAGAUCCUUUAAAUUUAAAGGAUCCAGAUUUGACUCUUAACUACACUCCUUCUCCUGAUCAUAAUGCAGACUUACCAACGCCAAUUGUAUUUGUUGAUCAGAGUGAUCCAUUAUGUCUAAAAAGAUCACCAAAAAGAAAAAGAGAGCGGAAGAACAGUAGGCACAAGAGUAGUGCUAGUAUAAGCGAACAUCCAGAAAGUGCUCCACCAUCAGCUGUCUCAGUCAGAUUCAAUGAGAAAGCUAAAAAGUUUUGUUAUGGAAAUUACUCUAAGUACUAUGGGUACAGAAACCCUGACAAGGAACAAGAUGUAAGGUUAAAAUAUUUUGAUGGUUCUAUGUUUGCUGGAAAGGAUGUCCUUGAUUUGGGGUGUAAUAUUGGACACAUAACACUCACCAUAGCAAAAGAAUAUGAGCCUAAGAAGAUUGUUGGAGUUGACAUCGACGGAAAUUUGAUCAAUGUGGCCAGGAAAAAUAUCAGGAGAUAUCUAAGCAAAGAAAAGUCCUCCAAAUUUCCAGUUUCAAUGCAGCUCUGCUAUGGGCCUCUAUUUGGCCAGGAAUCUAAUGAUACCAAAUUCCCUCAUAAUAUUGCUUUCAGAAAGGAAAAUUGGGUUCCUCUUGAAGAGGCUAAAGAGGUGACAGAAAUGUUUGAUGUCAUUAUGUGUUUAUCAGUGACCAAGUGGGUACAUCUUAACUGGGGUGAUGACGGUAUCAAAAAUCUCUUUAAGAAGAUGUAUCAGUCAAUAAGACCAGGAGGUAAACUCGUUCUGGAAUGUCAACAUUGGAAGAGCUAUGCCAGAAGGAAAAAACUUACUCCCGCUAUAUAUAAGAACUAUGCAGAAAUCCAAAUCCUACCUUACGAGUUUCCCCAGUAUCUCCAGACAAUAGGAUUUGUUGACUGGCAAACCAUUGGCACACCUUUUCACACACAGAAAGGAUUUCGCCGUCCUAUCUGGAUAUUCUCCAAGCCCAAAACAACAUCUGACACAACAGCAGAUUCUAUUCUUUCCCCGGAGAACAGUGCACAAAGUUCCCAACAAUCCUCCUCACACCCUAGCUCAUCUCAAUCCAGCGUGUCUCAAAGCCAGGAGACUCAAUAGUGGUCACGUGAUCCUAGUGUGUUACAUGUGGUGUUAUUCCUAGGAAUGUUGUCACAGAUUCAGAAGAUUGUGAGAUAUAUCAGUGCACGGACCGACGCAAGAAGAACAGAAUUACAAGCGCUAUGUGCCCCAAGCCUGAAGAAGAUAUCUUAUCUUAUCAUUUGUCCUUGAAUAACUAUUGCAAAACGGUCUGUUUGCAGGGAUUGUUAAAAUUGUCGUAAGAACGAUAAUGUUGCUAAUAACUGCUAAAGGGUUGUUUUAACGUGUGGACUGUGGGCUUCCUCCAAGUCUUACUCCUAAUCUUAAAAGAUGAAAUUAUCAUUAGUCAUUAUAAUUAUAUUAUCAUUAGUCAUUAUAAUGUUCCUGUUGUUUAAAAAGAAAUAAAGUUUCUGAUAUAAAGCUGACUUGCCUAUUUAUAAAUCAUCUAGAAUUAAUAAAUGCCAUUGAUGGAAUAUGGGCACAAUUGUUUUACGAAAAGUAACAUGAUCUACAAUGAUAAACAUGACGAGAAUGUGAAAUUCUUUGCGAGUUUUUAUAAAUCUCCAACCAAUUUGCAGCACAUUGCACUACUGUGCUGUUACCCUAGCUGCACUUGUGUGCGGUACAUUUUAUAUUCAACAAACUUUAAAAUUUAAUAUGAUGGUACAAAUGUGUUUAACUUAAGAUUUAGUAAAAAUUCUUUAGAUGGCCUUGUGUUUAAUUUAAUGUUGAAGUAAUGUACACUAUGCAAUACGUGCCAACUGAAAGCAUUUGUAAUCUGAUACAUUAAGGGGGCAGGGGGGGGUCUUCAUGGAAAUUUUCUC